UGUAAUAGGAGAGCUGCUUCUACACCUGCUUUUAUUCAUUCUGUAAUUUUCCAUUGAUGUAUUUAUUUCAAAUGUGCGUCUGACUGGAGGGAGCAGCAUGAAGAAGUUUAAUAUCAGAAAGGUGUUGGACGGCUUGACUGCGGUUUCCUCCUCCUCUUCCUCAUCCGCAUCAACUCAGCCGACUAACCGGGAAAACGACAUUAUUCAGGAGACUCUGCAGUCCGAGCAUUUUCAGCUCUGCAAGACAGUACGUCAUGGCUUUCCUCAUCAACCCUCAGCGAUGGCUUUUGACCCUGUGCAAAAAAUAUUGGCAAUUGGGACACAGACUGGAGGCCUACGACUCUUUGGCCGUGCAGGUGUGGAGUGUUACUGCCAGCAUGAGAGUGGCUCGGCUGUCAUCCAGCUGCAGUUUCUCAUCAAUGAGGGGGCGCUGGUGAGUGGUUUGGCUGAUGACAGCAUUCACCUAUGGAAUCUGAGACAAAAAAUUCCAGCUAUUCUGCACUCACUCAAAUUCAGCAGAGAGAGGAUUACAUUUUGCCACCUGCCUUUCCAAAGCAAAUGGCUUUAUGUCGGCACAGAAAGAGGGAACAUUCAUAUCGUCAAUGUGGAGUCCUUCACUCUUUCAGGCUACGUCAUCAUGUGGAACAAAGCCAUCGAACUCUCUUCAAAAACCCAUCCUGGACCUGUAGUACACAUCAGUGAUAACCCCAUGGAUGAGGGAAAGCUUUUGAUUGGUUUUGAAUGUGGAAUUGUUGUGCUAUGGGAUUUAAAAUCGAAGAAAGCAGACUACCGCUACAAUUAUGAUGAGGCGAGCCACUCUGUGGCCUGGCACCAUGAAGGGAAACAGUUUGUGUGCAGUCACUCAGAUGGUACACUUACAACAUGGAAUAUACGCUCUCCCGCCAAGCCAGUACAGAUCAUUACACCUCAUGGCAAACAGCCUAAGGAUGGAAAAAAGCCUGAGCCAUGCAAACCGAUUCUAAAAGUGGAAUAUAAAACAACCAGAGCAGGGGAUCCUUUUAUGAUACUGUCCGGAGGUCUUUCAUAUGAUACAGUUGGGCGCAGGGCCUGUCUGACUGUAAUGCAUGGGAAGAGCACUGCCGUACUUGAGAUGGACUAUCCCAUUGUGGAUUUCUUAACUUUGUGUGAAACUCCAUAUCCGAACGAUUACCAGGAGCCUUAUGCUGUAGUUGCCCUGCUAGAGAAGGAUUUAGUAGUUAUUGAUCUUGCACAAACUGGGUACCCUAUUUUCGAGAAUCCAUAUCCUCUGACUAUUCAUGAGUCUCCAGUGACAUGUUGCGAAUACUUUGCUGACUGUCCAGCUGAACUCAUCCCUGCACUUUACUCAGUGGGCCUUAGGCAAAAGAGACAGGGCUACAGUAAAAAGGAAUGGCCUAUAAGUGGUGGAAACUGGGGACAGGGCUCACAAAGUUAUCCUGAAAUUAUCAUCACCGGACACGCUGAUGGAUCAGUGAAAUUCUGGGAUGCUUCUGCACUAAUGCUGCAGGUGCUGUACAAGCUUAAAACAGCCAAGGUUUUUGAGAAAGCACGCAGCAAGGAGGAGAAGCCCAGCACUGAUAUAGUGGAGGAAGACCCUUUUGCCAUCCAGAGUUUGUCCUGGUGCCCAGAGAGCCGCAUGCUUUGUGUGGCUGGAGUUUCUGCACAUGUCAUUGUUUAUAGGUUUAGUAAACAGGAAGUUACCACAGAGGAGGUUCAGCUGCUGGAGGUGCGUAUGCAGUGUGAGAUAAAUGAUGUGGACUCUCCGGAUGGUGGAGGAGACCAAGCAUCAGCUGUGUCCACGCCAGGAGCUUCAUCUAGUCCUCAAUCAAUCACACCUCAUACACACCUAUCCACCAGCAGCAACAACUCCUCUGACGGUCUGCGGGACAAUGUGCCCUGUCUUAAGGUUAGAAGCACUCCACUCAAGCAGUCUCCAGGCUACCAGGUGGAACUGGUCAUUCAGUUGGUAUGGGUCAGUGGGGAGCCACCACAGCAGAUUACCAGCUUGGCUGUUAACUCUGCUUAUGGCCUAGUGGUUUUUGGUAGUGGGAAUGGACUGGCUGUGGUGGAUUACCUUCAGAAGACUCUGUUGCUUAAUGUGAGCACAGCAGAGCUGUACGGCUCCUCUGAUCCACACCAGAGACAACCACGCUCACCCCGAAAAGCCAGGCAACCCUCUGGAGGUUUUUGUGAUGGCCAUGAUGGGUCUGCUACCGCAGAAGACCGAUGCAAGUCACCUACAUCAGGUAAUUGCUCUGACUCAUCUUGCCAAUGUGACAGCAAUGAUGACAGCAAACACAAUUUUCUUGAAAAGGUUAAGUGGAAAAGCAGACUGAUAUCAAAGAGUGUUGCCAAUGACUUUGCUAAGAUGUCAUGGAAAUUUAGCUUGGCUGCUGAUCAUAAACAAGAUGGAAUGUUACGGCGGCAGUACUCUCUUCCUAUUAAGAAACGUAUGUGUGAUGCGAAGAAAGAAGUGUUAAGAAGAAAAACAACAUCUCUUCACAGGACUCACUUUUUACCUUAUUUCAAUGCCAAGGACAACUCAUUCAGCCGUUCACGCAGCUCUAGCGUGACCAGCAUUGACAAAGAGUCACGCGAGAUCAUCUCUUCUUUGCACUUCUGUGAGUCUCUGUCUAGGAAGAGUGAUGUGGCCGCAUCCCCCCAUCUUUGGCUGGGCACUUCUCUGGGCACUAUGCUAGGUCUCACCUUCAAUGUGCCCUCUACUCCAGAACAGAGGCUGCAGCAAACUGUAGGCGUCUCCUUUUGUGGCUUGAUAGUUCGGUUGAAAGGUGGCAUUGUGCGCAUGGCCCUGAUGGAUUCUAGUGGCUCUCUGCAGCCUCCCACUGCUGAGUGCUGGUAUGACCCCAACGCCUCAGAGGAGGAGAGAGAGAGGACACGGCGGCGCCGACCUGGCUCACCCGCUUCCUCUCAGGAGAACCAGGACAGCCAUUAUGCUGUGGUGUGCUCUGAAAAACAGGCUAAAGUUGUGGCAUUGCCUUCCCAGAAUUGUAUUUAUGAACACAACAUUACAGAGACCUCGUUUGUGCUGAGGGCUGAUGUUGUGGUUAUGUCUGCUGGCAUCUGCAUUGCCUGCUUCUGUGCCAACGGCCACAUUAUGACUCUGAGCUUACCCAGUCUGCGACCGCUUCUAGACGUGAACUACCUGCCCCUAACAGACAUGCGGAUAGCCAGAACGUUCUGCUUCUCCAACCUGGGCCAGGCUCUGUAUCUUACCUCACCUACUGAAAUCCAGAGAAUCACCUACAGUCAGGAAACCUGUGAUAACUUACAGGAGAUGUUGGGAGAGUUGUUCACUCCAGUAGAGACACCAGAGGCUCCAAACAGAGGAUUCUUCAAGGGUCUUUUUGGAGGUGGAGCCCAGUCUCUUGACAGAGAAGAUCUCUUUGGCGAGUUGGCAGCAGGCAAGGCUUCUCGCAGCCUUGCGCAGCACAUUCCAGGGCCAGGUGGCAUGGAAGGCAUGAAGGGGGCAGCAUCAGGUGUAGUGGGGGAGCUGGCACGUGCCCGGAUAGCUUUGGAUGAGAGAGGGCAGAAGCUCGGUGAGCUGGAAGAGAGGACAGCAGCCAUGAUGGCUAGCGCAGACUCCUUUUCCAAGCACGCACAUGAUGUGAUGCUGAAGUACAAGGACAAGAAGUGGUAUCAGCUUUGAUGGCCAUGCAGAGAGUCAGGGGCUCCACAUCCAUUCCCUCUCCUCCCCCUCUUCCUCCUCUUCCGUUCUUGCUUCAGAGUAAAGGAGGCGGGUCUGCCAUUCUCACCCAGUACAAUGUCACAAUGUUUCCUUGGUUGUCUGGACCGAGGGGCAGAAAGGAGAGUGAGAAUAGAAGAAGAGAGAAGGGGAUAAAGAAAAGCCAGCAACAAACUUAAUUUUUUUGGCGAAGGUUGAGCAUCCUUUCCUGUCACAAAGAUGUUCUUUGCUGUUACAGCAGAGAGGACUUAGCGUGUGCUGACCAUGCAAUUCACUAUCAUUAUAUGUGCUGUCAUUUUCACUGCCAUUCAACCCAUACAAAAAAAGAAAAAACCUAGAAAACACAGAAUGGUGGUGGCUAUUUGUAAAAGUGAAUAAGGCAAGAGUAAUUGAGCAGUACAUCAAAUGCCAAUAGCAUUGCCUGGUGUGAUGCUACUGGUGACUCUGGCCUGAAUAAAUAGCAUGUCUUGUGACUUUAGAAAUCCUUUUUGUAUCUGAUGUCACAUGGACUGGCCAGAACUACUUACAUGUGAUAAAUGAGGUGUCAUUAAUAUCAUGUCUAAAGGGCUGGUAAUGUGCUUUUAUUAGCAUAUAGCAUGUGAUCAUUCUGCCAUGAGCGAGUCACAGACCAGCGACAGCUUAGUAUAAUUGUGCUGAUCUUUCAUCUCAGUCCUUUGACAUCAAGGACAUGGUUUACAUCAAAUCUCAGACAUCCACUGAAACCUUUGUUUGGCUAAGAUGCUUGCCAUAUGUAUCCAAACAUAUAUUAGGGUAAAUGAACUGAGCAUGGUCUACUCAUCUGCUGAAUAUUAGUAGUUUAUGAGUGGUUGCAUAUCAUACCCUGAAGAUUUAUAUCUUGGAGCAUGUGUACUAUUUUCGUCCAUGUGGAAAAACUUGAUUAAGACUUCAAAAGUGUGAGGCAUGACUUAACGGUAUGUGCCUUGUGAUGACUGUAGAUAUAUUCACUAUUAGCAGACUAAAGAAUGUUGGAUAGAUGCUGAGUCUUGCUCUUUCUCACCUUCAUUCAGCUCCUCUACUCUGCGAUAAAGGGUCCCCAUAAAGCAGCAUGUCUCUGGCUAACUAUAAAACAGAACAGCACUGCAGGUUAACUGUUGGAAAGGCCUGGUUCAGCCUGAUGUUCACCUGUUCAUCUGGAGAAUGAAGGACACAAAUAUUUCUUUCGUCCCCCCCCCCCCCACAGAUGCAUGUGUGACAAUUGACUAUAGCCAUCUUUGUGUUUGCUGCAGUGGAAAUGACCAAGCACCACUAAACUCCCCCAAUCAGUACAUGAGAGGGGCAUCUUAUGCCUUGCUUAUCAUGUGAAUAUGCUAACCUUGACCUUUUGUGUGUAUACUUGUGUGUCUUUGUGAACAUACAUAUAUGCAGAAAUAUGUGUAUGCUCAUGCGCGAUUAUAGAAAUGCCAUAGCACAUGUUUAUUUUAAAAGAUAUAAUAUGAUUUUUGUUGUUGUCUUUUUCUUUAUUCCUGUCUGUGGGGUGCAAGAAACUGCUGCUACUCAUUUAUUUAGAAGCUUUAUUUUGUUGUUCUUUAUUUACCAAUGAAGGACAAGGCAUUUCUGUUCUUUCCAAAUGGCUGCCAAAUGUUGUAAAUAGUUGGACGUUUGAAGACAAAUUUGAGAGUGCUUGGCUGGCACAAAGCACCUAAGGAUGGUUGCCAUGGUUUUGUUUAACACCAAAAGAUUGCUUAGAUUGAUCUCAUGUUAAAAAUAAUAAAUUCAGACCUGCUGUAAUACUGGUCAUAAUACAUAUGAGAGCUUGGUGUCAAAACCUUCCUGGAAAUGCAGCAAAGCACUCCUUCGCUUGCCGUGAUGUUUGUGUAAAUAUCUACCAAAAUGGAGAAUUUUUAGUGCUAACCGACCUAAAAAUGAAUUACGCUACUGUGCUUCAUUUCUUUUUUGUAUAAGCAAUUGUGUGGUUUUGCACUAUAUGUUUUGUAUUAUAAUGACAUAAAUGGUCAUUUUAUUAAUAUUUUUGUAGUUUGUAUUGUAACUAUUUUUUGGCAUUAGUUUAUUUCAGAAGGACCAAAUCAUGGAAGGGCAAACUGCAGAGUGGGUUAGUGGCAAGCUUUAAGGAGUCUUUUACUCUCAGAUCUGUCUUCAUUGUCGGUUUAAUGAUACUAUAAUAUAUUUAUAUAUUUGGAAAGUAUAUAUAUAUACUUUUAAUUUCAAAUAAUUACAAAGUAAUACUUUUAGUAUAUUAUUUAAAAUGAGAAUGGUGCAUUUUAAGAUAAUUGGAUGUAUACAUUCUCCAGAAUUCAAAUAUAAAAUGUAAAACACGUGAAGGAUAUUUAACUGCUCAUUAAAAGAGGAGCUGCUUUGGCUCUCCAUUUAAUAAUAAUAAUAAUAAUAAUAAUAAUAAUGAUGAUAAUAAUAAUAAUAAUUAACAAUUUGGCCAUUUCUGUAUACUGUGUGUCCUACAAGUUUCCUUGCACAAAAGAGGCAGCAUGAUGCUUAGUGUUUACAAUUAAAAAUCAUCCAUUCUGUAUAUUCUUUGUAGUUGUCUGAUUUCUUAAUCUUCAGAAUUCGUUUGACAAGAACAAAUGAUGUGUUUUGUUUUUAGUCAGGCAUGAAUAAACAUACUUAACGUGUUAUUAUGUUCUGACUUAUCUCUCACCGAGGGCAAACUCAGCCGAUCCAAUAAUCCGUUAAGCCCAUACUCUUCUGUUUUCUGGGGAGAGGGUCUGUUUUCUCAAUUUACCAUUGUCUCAAAGUUUCUGUGGGGUGCAGUUUUUCCUUGUCCUAGCCAAGUUAUUGUACAGUUUUAUUAAGCAAAGUUUCACAUGGAUGUUUGUCUUAUUAUGCUGCCACCUACAAUCUAGGAAAUAUGUUGAUAGACAUGACGUGGAUUGGAAAAUAAAUGUAAAUUCAAACAUU